CGCUGGGCUACUACCUUCGCCGCCGCCAUGAUUCCCCCCGCGGACUCUCUGCUCAAGUAUGACACCCCGGUGUUGGUGAGCCGGAACACGGAGAAACGGAGUCCCAAAGCUCGGCCACUGAAAGUCAGCCCCCAGCAGCCUGGACCCUCAGGUCCAGUCCCGCAGCCACCAAAAACCAAGGUCCCCUCAACUUCCUGUGUCCCAGAUCCUACAAAGCAGGCUGAAGAAAUCUUGAAUGCCAUCCUGCCCCCAAGGGAGUGGGUAGAAGACACGCAGCUAUGGAUCCAGCAGGUGUCCAGCACCCCCAGCACCAGGAUGGAUGUGGUGCACCUGCAGGAACAGCUGGACCUGAAGCUGCAGCAGCGGCAGGCCAGGGAGACCGGCAUCUGCCCUGUCCGCCGGGAGCUCUACUUGCAGUGUUUCGAUGAGCUGAUCCGGGAGGUCACCAUCAACUGUGCGGAGAGGGGGCUGCUGCUGCUGCGAGUCCGGGAUGAGAUCCGCAUGACCAUCGCUGCCUACCAGACCCUGUACGAGAGCAGCGUGGCGUUUGGCAUGAGGAAGGCACUGCAGGCCGAACAGGGGAAAUCAGACAUGGAGAGGAAAAUUGCAGAAUUGGAAACGGAGAAGAGAGAUUUGGAGAGGCAAGUGAAUGAGCAGAAGGCAAAAUGUGAGGCCGUCGAGAAGCGGGAGAGUGAGAGGAGACAGGUGGAGGAGAAGAAGCACAAUGAGGAGAUUCAGUUCCUAAAGCGGACGAAUCAGCAGCUGAAGGCCCAACUGGAAGGCAUUAUUGCACCAAAGAAGUGAUAAUUUCCAUAUGGGUCUCAGCAAGCACUACUACCCCAUCAUAAGCCCUCUGUAAUAAAAAGCUAGUUUCCUGAGUGAACAAGCCAUCCCCUCCCCUGAUCACCACCUACAUUUGUCAGAAGUCACACCAGUGCCCCAGUGUCAUGAAACAUCUAAGGUCUGGCAGCCAGGCUCCUAGUUGGGCAGAGGAAGGUGGUGUCGCCCAGAUCGUCUCAGUAUGUGGCUUCCCAGCCAACCUUGGGAUGUGCCAACUCGAAUAGGAAGACUUAGGAUUCACCCCUUUCUCUGCUGCAUCCCUCCAGUGGAGCAGCUGCUCUCUCAGCAUCACUCCACACAUCACUGAUUUUUGGCCAAAUGAAGCUGCUUCUCUGUCCCCUGCAUUUUUGGUCCAUAACUCAUCUUGUACCUUAACUUGGGCUUCUCUGGCCCAUCUUUCCCUUAUUGGAUGUCUUUCAUCAUCCCUACUCCAAUGCAGUUCUAGUAACUCAUUUUGGAGCUUUGGUUUUAUACUAUAUCAUCUUGUCCCUGCCAAGUCAACUGGGCCCCCUCCUCCUCAGUUUCACACUGCCUAGGUGAGGAAGCAAUGGCAAAGAGUAAACCCAUGGCUUUUGAGAAAGUAAAUGUUUGCUGGAAACACAAGUCCCAACGUCCAUUGUGAGCUGCCUGCACCUCAGCUCCUCAUCCACCACAGAUUUGUUCACCUUAUUCCGCAGAAAAUCAAACCCUGACCCUAGACCCCUCGACUAGCUAUGUUUAAGUGACAGCUGGAGAGGGGCCCAAACCUCACACGUAGUUCUAAUUAUUAAAGAUCGGGAUAUCGCCUGUAGACAACUGCAUUUUACUACUCCUCAUAAGUUAAACUCAAAAGUUUGGAGGCUCAGGACUCUUCUGGUUUUUGGACCCACAGUACUCAAUUAGCGAUAUCAAUCUUUAUCCAGGGCAGACCAGGGUGGGCUAGGGAAGCAAGCUGGGUGCCUUCCACCCAGUCAAAUCUCACAAUAACAUACUAAGAAAGCUCUAACAUCUCCAGCAGGCUGGAAUGCCUCAAGCGCUCUAUUCCCCCGAGGUACAAAGAGGGGUUCCCUCCUGAGUGGAGCUCUGACCUGGCAUCAUCCUGGUUAGGGCUUCAAGGCUCACUGAAGAACUGCAAUCUGACAAGAGCUAUGCUCCACCAAGUCCAACAUGCCCUGGACACGUGCAUCUCAAACCUGAAGUCAACGCUUUCACCCUAAUCCAGGUGUCCUGAAAAAUUCUAAGACUCCACUAAAAUGACCUGUCUGUGCUCUGUCAUUUCAUGGAAAAGAACUCUGUUCACUGAGAUGUGCUAGUUCCAUGACUCCUUGACAGUAAAGACCUUAUGUCCUAAAUGGGUCCAUUUAACAUACUCAAUGAGGGGCAGAAGUUGCUGGAGCUUUUUCUUCUUAUUUUAAAGCCUGGACCAUGUACACUACAUCCUUGAAAUUUUCUUCUUUUUACAGUUCUGUUCCAACUUGCUAACUGCACGUACAAAAGAAACACCAGAUUUUCCAUUUUAUAGACUUCGUCCUUGUCUCUGUCUGAUAUUGACAUGACAGUCACACUGGAGGAACUAAGAGCGCUAAUUCAAGUGUUUGACAUACCAAUGGACUCCAUCACUGAACUCCCUGGAGGUGAGGGGGCUUUAUUUUCACUAGCACUGGGGAAGGGUUUCAACUGUCAAACCUCAGAACAAAUGCAUUAUGGCCUUAGAAAUGCCAACUGGGCAUGAAGAAAAUGAACACAAUUUCUAAUUGCAUAUUUUUGUAUAAUUUAAUAAACAAUUUUUUAGAUGUUACUGCUUAUGUUUGAAUUUU